UGGGGGUGGCUGCCUCAGCCCUGGGACCUUCUUAGGGUUCCCUAAGUCUGUGAGCUGCAGAGGAGCUCACAGCUCAGGCACUGCUGAGACACCCGUCUGUUCUGUCCCAAGCUGUCAGGCUGUGUUCUGGGAGAAGGUGGAGGGACGGAGAGCGACCUGGGAGCACCAGAGCAAGCUGUCCUGGUAACUGAACCCUUCGAAUUUAGCCCUGGGAACCAGCACAGAACCUUUGGACUCCGAGCUAGCCGUUUGCCAAGAGCCUCAUGAGCAUCCGCAGCUUCUUGUUCAGACAUCUUCAUUGAUUUGGGAACAGAGCUGAAAUUCAACUCAAUGUGUGAACGGCAGAUACUUCCAAGUCUCCUUUAAGGCUUCAAUGUACUCGGAGAUCCAGAGGGAGAGGGCAGACAUUGGGGGACUCAUGGCUCGGCCAGAGUAUAGAGAGUGGAAUCCAGAGCUCAUCAAACCCAAGAAGCUGCUGAACCCUGUGAAGGCCUCCCGAAGCCACCAGGAGCUACACCGGGAGCUGCUCAUGAAUCACAGAAGGGGCCUGGGUGUGGACAGCAAACCCGAACUGCAGCGGGUCCUGGAGCACCGUCGCUGGAAUCAGUUGAUCAAGAAGAAAGAGGAGGAGCUGGAGGCCAAGCUGCUUCAGUGCCCCUUCAGGCAGGAGCUGCUGAGAAGGCAGCAGAGAUUGAACCAGCUGGAAAACCCACCACAGAGAGAAGAGGACCACGCCCCUGAGUUCAUCAAAGUCCGGGAAAACCUGCGCAGAAUCGCCACGGAGGAGAGAGCCCUGUAGAGUUGCCUCUAUUCAGUUCCUGCCUCUCACUCUCACCCUCCUGAACCAGAAGGCCCUGGCAUACCGUGAUACCAGGAAGGCAGACCUGAGAGGCUGGCGAUCCCUGGGAAACUGGGGAUCCCCGCACCCCAUAGGGAAGUCUCUGUAGGGACUUCUCCUUCUGAGCACCUAUCCUUCCUGUGCUAAGACGAAGCCACUGCAGGAAAGACCUUCCCGAGGUGCCCUCCCCAGUCCCACUCACCAAGUGGGCUUCCCCAGCAGAAGUGAGAAGGAAGGCCAAAUGUCCUUCCACUCUGCCUCGGCUUCCCGACAAGCCCAGCUCCUAGUGGCGGGAACAUCUCAGUUCUGGCUUGACCCGAGGCCAAGGAUGCCUUGGAAAUCACAGAGCAAAGAAGGGGCCUUUCUGUGGCAAGGAAGUGGGCAUGGGAGGUCACAGCAGGCUGUGACCAAGAGGGACAAGUCCUAACCAAGGCAGCUUCGGGCCCUGCUGGCUUGCCGCACGCUGCCGCUUUUUCCCUCCGCACCUGUCCUCCCUGAAUUGCUAACCGCAUCUCACCUCAGUGCUCCGGCUUCCAGCAUAGAACAGCACAUUGCCAACUUCACUGUACAUCCCAUAAACACAUGUAUGUACAUACAUGUACAUGUUAUACAAACUGGAGAGCCCUGGAAACAGUCCCUGGAAAGUGCGUGUCUAACACACUCCCGGGGAAAGCCCAGGAUACUGGCUUGAGUAGAUAGCUAGACUGAAGCAUCCAAUUCCCUCGGUUCCCUGGCCUGGAGGGUCCCAGUGCCGGCUCUAAAGUCUGUAUUCAUUCACUAUCCAUAGACGUUCCCCUCUCCCCCAAUACACACACAGGGACCCUUGGCCUGGGAAACUCUAGCCUAGCAAAUACAAAUGGUUUUGUGAUUGUAACCGCCGAUCUUCACUAUUUACUGGUGUAACCACAUUGCAAUUCUAGCCAAAAAGAAAAAAAGAUCUUAGCUUUUCAACUCUGGAAAUAUAGAUGGUAGUUUGAAGAUCCCACGGCCAUGGUGACAAAAUGGCUUCUUAGAGACAAUGUCAGCCACUGUCAACUGAGACUCUCCCCUCAAUACCCCCAAUCUGAUCAUCCUCAUCUCUUCUUCCUCCAAAGCCCCUGCUUGUGCUUCUUGUGUGAAUCUUUUGCUCCUACACUGUCUUGAAUACCUACAGGAAGGCCUGAAUCCUUUCCCCUGAAGAAUGAAGCCCAUGCCUCUGUUUUGAAGCCCUUCGCUGGUGGGAACAGCACUGCCAGAGAAGCGCAGAUUUCCCUGUGGGUGUGCUGGGUGCUCAGGCUCCAGAAAACAACGGUGGGAGGGUAGCAGAGUGUGGGUGUGGCAGCAAAUGGAGAUUCUAUCUCUUGCCUUCAUGCUCUCUCUUGUGUAUUUUUCCAGCUCUCUCUCGCAUGCAUGUGUGCGUGCAUGUGUGUGUGUGUAUGUGUGUGUGUGUGUGUGUGUGUGUUCCAGCUGUAAAGGUCUAAAUGAAGUGUAUCUGUCUUGGGUAUCUGCUGGUGAGAUGUUAUGCUGAUGUGUGUUUCUUAAAUAAAGACAGUGCUGAGGGUUGUUGCUCUACAGGUAUGUGCAUUGUUCUGACAUAUAAAGAGAAGCAAGACAGGGCACCAGGGAUAGAGUAGGACCACCCAAGGGUCCUAGUGGUCCCUGGAGGACAUGGCAAGUCACAGAGAUGACACCCAAAAGAAUAAGGGCCCACAAGGCAGGUCAUCCAGAAGAACCCUGGCAGACACUUUGAUGCUCUGUGACUCUGUUAGACCUAAUCCAUCUUUCUCAUCACCUCCCCCUAGUGAGUAUAAAUAUAGAUUCUCACUCUCUCAGCCUACUCUGCUGGUUUGGGUGACCAUGUGACCAGGUAUGGCCAAUGUAAUUGAAGUGCAAGUCUACAGGAUGGACUAGAAAACCCCAUGCUUUGCUGAGAGACUCCCUCUGCCUCUUCCUUCUUCCUACUUGAUUGGAGAUGUGAUGCCCGGAACAUUAGCAGUCAUGUUGAACCUGAGGAAAAGGCCAAGAGAUCCAUAUGCCCUGUGAUCAUUUGACCAAGCAAGUGCCAACAGUUCUCCAUCUCCAAACACCUUGUAAAUAAAAAUAAACUCCUGUUUCUUAAAGCCA